GCACAGCACUGAGCUACGUAAUGUAAAGAUCAUUAAGCCACCAUAUAAAUAGAUGCAGAUUCUUCUCCUACUGAUGAAAAGACAUAGGACGGAGUUUGAAGAAGUCUCUACUGAAAAAUUGAUCGAUCACAAAUUGACUCUUGAACGAUGGGAUUUUUUUUGUUCGUCACUUCGAUAAUUCUGGUUUCAUGCUUCAGUCUGUUGCAAGCUACAUCAGUGAUUAAGAUCCAAACCCCACAGCUGGACGUGAAACAGAAAGAGUCUGCAGAGAAGUUUAAACUUCACAUAUCAGAAAAAGGUUCCAAAUUUGAUGAAAAAAUUGAUAUCGAUGAAAAGAAAGAAAUUGAAUAUUUCAGAGUGCCUUCUCACAAUGGCUUAUCCGAAAGCGAUAAUCUGUACGACUUCAAAAUGAACAUAACAGUAAGUCGUGAUAAGAAAGAUCGCGUUUGUUACAUCACUCCUCUGCCGGCAGACCUACCAAGGCCAAACGUAUUAUCAAAAGGACUCAAAAAGGUGUCUAAUAGGCCRUCGUCACACAAAAUCGAAAAGACUAUCCAGCAAUGGAGAGUUGGUGCUCGAGUUGACAAACGUACUUUAAGACAGGCAGUUCGUGAUUUCUGUGGCCAGUUCCCAAUCUAUCGCCUAGAGCCAUAUACUGCUGAUUCAGUCUCUGUGAUG